AUGCUUUGUAAGUUACUGAAAAUACACUUGAAUAAAAACGUUGUGACUGAGCUGUAUGAUGGUUGGAAGUUCUUCUAUGAUACUAAAGCUUGCGAUUCUGGAUGGACUCCAUUCAACGGUCAUUGUUAUUACAUAGGGAAUACAUUGAUAUCAUGGUCGAACUCUCAGAUACAAUGCCAGAAUUAUGGAGCGUAUGUUCUGGAAAUAGAAUCAGUUGAGGAAAAUAUGUGGAUCAUUGAAACUUUCUUACCUAGAAAUGAAAGUGAUUGUUCAGAAUGGCGAUAUUGCACUGUAUGGGUCGGCGCAACAGAUCGCGAUAUAGAGGGCACAUUUACCUGGAUCAGAAAUAAGAAGGAACUGACAUACCUGCCCUGGGGUAACGGACAACCUGAUGAUAAAAAAGGACAGGAUUGUAUCCGUCUUAGUCCUUCUGGAAAAUGGAUUGAUGCUAAUUGUGGCGAUAACAAUCAGAUAAACUAUGUUUGUGAAAGAAAUUAA